GCGGCGCUCGCGGCGUCGGCCAGCGCGGCCACGGUCCGCAUCGACGUGGGCCAGAACGGCUUCACCUUCUCGCCCAGCUCGGUGACGGCCAGCAAGGGCGACACGCUCGAGUACCACUUCCACCAGCCGGCGCACAGCGUGGCGUCGAGCGACUUUGGCGGGCCGUGCACGCCGUCCAAGAGCGGCGGCUUCUACUCGGGCGUCAUGACGACGUCGGGCGCGGCCGAGAACGCCAACGUGUUCCGCGUCGUCGUCAACUCGACCGACCCCAUCUUCUUCUACUGCACGGUGCCGGGACACUGCAACGGCGGCAUGUCGGGCGUGGUCAACCCCAGCGGCAGCCAGACGCUGGCCGCGUACCAGAGCAGCGCCCAGACAGCGUCACUGGUCGUGCCGCCCAACGUGUUUGGCGGCCAGGUCGCGUCCGGCAGCAGCAGCAGCAGCAACGGUGGCAGCACCUCGUCGUCGUCGUCGACUACCGGCUCGGCUACCACCUCG